AUGGGCACAACAGAUGUCUCCACGAUCACUCUACAAUCGUCGGCAGAGUUCAGCGUGGCGGCAAAAGAUGGCCAAAUGUACAAGAUUCAAGUAGCUUGGCCCAUGGAAUGGCAAUCCAGAAGCGGACACAAAAACAUAGCUGUACUAUAUGCGGUGGACGGGAACGCGAUGUUCUUGACAGCAGCAGAAGCAUCUUGGCGAAGAGCUACCGGCCCUCAUCACAAAGGCAACGGUGUUGUCAUAAGUAUCGGAUAUCCUUUGAAAGGCCGAGUAUUCAGUCCAAGACGAAACUACGACUUGACCCCUCCUAGUCCUACUGCGCCAGAAGGGUUUGGUGGCGCGGAUCACUUCCUCGACUUCAUGCAGUACACGUUGAAGCCAUUCGUCAAGUCUAUGAUCCUCCCCAAUACCGCGAUUGAGAGAGAGGCGCUGUAUGGUCAUUCAUUCGGUGGGCUGUUCACACUCUACACCUUGUUCACGAGACCUUCAUUGUUUGAUUGCUUCAUCGCGAGCAGCCCGUCUAUAUACUGGAGCAAUUUUUACAUUCUCACGCUGGAAGAAGAGUUCAGGAAACGACACGUACGCCAACAGCCAUCGCUGAUGAUGUAUUAUGGGUCUUACGAGCAACACCCUCCACGAUGGGCUGAUGAAGAUGCUGAAAAGUACGAAAAGCGACGACAGGGUGCGGAAGAACGUGCCAUGACGGACAGCGCCAAUGCCAUGUAUAGGCGGCUGAAGGAUUCGGGGCUUCUUGCUUGUGUCACGAUCAAGGAGUACCCGAAGGAGGAUCAUGGGACUGUAAUUGCUUGCUCUUUGAGUCGUGGUUUGACGACGUUUUUCGAGGAAUGGCCGUUAAAGGAAGAGGGUUCGUGA